AUGAAAAGAUAGCAAUUCUUUUACAUACUGGGCUUAUUAACUCUUUGCUCUGUCUUUGUGACAUAAGUUCAAAGUCAAGAACUGAUUAACAACUGUGCUCUACAUUACGAUGUGUUUGAUUACUACAAUCCUACUAUUGUGAGAAAAAUUUGCAUUAAAUGCUAAAGCACUCCUACUGAAGCCUAUGUGCUGAGAUAUGACUUCCAAGAAUGCAUACGUACUGUGAACUUUUUAGAUGGACUCUAAAAUUGCUAAUAGCUCACUUUGGAUGGCAAGUGCAAGCAGACUUUAAGUAACACAACAAUUGUGAAUUCUGAUAAUUGGACAAUUGUUCCUUAGAAUAGAACUGAUAGUUUAUUUGCUAACAACUGUGCCUAAAUAAAUAGCUUAGGUUAAUGUGUUUUCCCAACUUUCCCAAAUGCUAUAUCUACUGUUUUAAGCAUUAAUAACAAUUUUGUCUUUUAACUUGAAUGUGCUUUCGCAGACUAAAAUUCGAAAUGCUAAAAAACUCACUAUGGCUUUAUCUUUACUCCCACCUAAAACUACUUUUUGUUUGAUUUCUAAAACUAUGAUAAAUUAAACAAAACUAUUCUUUCUUCUGCAACUGAUCGCCUUAAUUGUGUUAAAGGUUAUUCUUUUACUGAAACUGGCUGUAUUUAGGAUUUCUCUUCUUUUCCUUCAAUUCCAAAUUGUGCUGAAUAAAUGGGUGAUUAUUGCUACACAUGCAACAAUGGAUACACCUUGCAAAAUACUCGUUAGUCUUGCUAACAAGUAGGUAAUGGCGUAAACUGUUUGACAUUUGAAAUAAUUCGUGGUGUUAAAUAAUGCAUAUUAUGUGAUACUUCUUCUGCUUUAUACAGAGGCUAAUGCUAUUCGAAUAUUGCACCAUCCCACUAAAACAUCAGAUUUGGUACUUUCUGCAAGGCUCCUUACUACUAAAAAGGUUGUACUUAAGUCUAAAAAAAUUUACCUACAAACUGUGCAAUUUUAGAUGCUUAGAAAGGCACUUGUGCCUAAUGCUCAGAUGUCGAAAAUUAUUACUUUGAUAUUAAAUCAAAUUCUUGCAAAGGUAGAGUUUUUUCUGUUAAUUGUGCAUUAAAGCAUCCAGUUAGCGAUUCUUGUUAUGUAGCUUACUGCCAACCUGGAUUUAGAUACAGAUACCCUCUUCCCACUUUUUAUCCUCCUACUUACACAUAUGUUGAUGCUAAAUACAACAAUAUUUGGAGAAAUUAAUUUUUAGCUGCUAAGUAAAAUGUUACAGUAAACGAGUGUAUAGUUAAUACUAGCAAUCCCAUAGAUACUAAUUGCUAAACCUAUGAUAAGUAUGGAUAAUCCUGUGUUUUGUGCAAAUCUAACUAUUGGUUGCUCUAAAAGAAUGACGGAUCAGGAUAUUUUUACUGCUCAAAUAAUUUGACCUAAUUCAAAGUUUUUAGUGAUAAGUGCUUAACAUUUACUCCUAGCAGAGAUAGAUGCACUUCUUGUCAGACAGGUUAUUAGGUAACAUAAAACGGAGAUUGUGGUUAAAGCAGCUAAAAUGAUAACUGCCUUGUUUAUGAUGCCUAUGGAAACUGUACUCUCUGCAAUGAUGGGUAUUAUCCUAACUAAAAUGGUUGUUCUAACCAAGAUCUUUGCUGGUUAAAGUUAGAUCCUGUUACUAAUUCUUUAUUUUGUAGUGAAUGUAAAUAAUAAACUGACAAAUAAAUUGUAAAUAUAAACUAAGUUUGUUAAGUUUCUAAUAAAGGAGAUAAUUGCGCUUAAUAUGUAUAUACAACAAGUUAAUAUGGUUAAACAUAAGCUGUUUGCAUAAGAUGCUAAGAUGGGUAUGCUUUACCUUACGCUAAUGGACCAUGUGAAAAAAACUACUGGAGAGAAUGGGAGUAUAAAAGUGUGAGAACAUAUGAUAGUGCUUAUAUUUAUAAUGGAUGGACUAGUGAUGGAAUUUUAGUUAGAUAAACCACCUAGGAUAUUACUUGUUAGUCAGGGUAUGUUAAAUAAUAAUGUGAUACCUGUUCUCUAAAUUGUCUUAAUUGCAUAGAUGAUAUCUGCUAUUAAUGCUAAACUGGAUUUGCUUUGACUAGUUUAUAUGAAUGCGCCUGA